UGGUAUGAAGAGCAACCAAGAACCGAUAUGAUUCAAUGCUUACUAUUGCACUUGAAAAGUCAGUCGGACUAACACUGUGUUCAUCAUAAUAGUGGCGUAGUGCCAGCUUCACCAGAGGACAACGGACAUACAUCAUACCACUUCAUUCGUCCACUUCGACUUCUUACAUCUCGUUAGUCUUAAUUCCAGUCUCCACUAUCCACGCAUCGAAAACAUUAUAACACUUGAUUCGUUCAUCUCAGCUCCCUACAAUAUGCAUCAAAGAACUCGUUCUCCAUCUGAAAGCCUCAACCUCUCCCUCCACAAACUGACUAGCGACAAUAAGAUGCCGGUGUUCCAUUUUCAUCUCUCACAAGACGCGAAGCGCCAGAGAAUACAGAACAAGAUCAUCGCAACCCAUGCUGGGAUCGAGGAAUACUCAGCUGGAUAUUUAAAGUCAUGGCAAUUACUGAAGCUGAAGAUCGACGCAUCUGAAGUCACCAUGAACAGCAAAGAUAUAAUCAAGUUCAGACCGUGCUUUUUCUCCCCAUUAUCGACUGACACUAUACGGACAUGCCUCUCGAAGCAGCUAUGCAAGAAUACGUCAGAUGGAGGUGAUUUAGGCUAUGCAGGACGUGGAAUCAGAUGCUCAAGUGCAGCCACUCAAUGCCCACUUAUCCUAGAUCUCUUCCGCGAGAAACAUGCAACCUCCAUACGAAAAGGUUUCUGCUUGGAUAACCUGACAACUCUCCGCGAGUGUGGAGCCACUAGUAAGGGCAAGUGGAAGCAGCAACCAGGCCUCGAACUAGUCGAAAAGCUUUCUACCGAGAGCUGGCAAAUACUGCGCAUUCUAGAAGACCUGGAGCAUGAGGUACCCCAUGCUGUAUGCGAUAUUCGUCAGAACAUCCAAGUCGACAAGACGAAAAGGCUCACAGUAGCCGAAGUGAAGGCCAUUAUGAGAGUUAUGGCUGUCCGUAUAGGGCUGGACUGUUACAGACGGUAUUCGAUCAUGCCAAUUCUGGCUAUAUCUUACCUGAAUAGAAAGCAAGGACGGAUUUUGCAAGCAUACCAUAAUGGGAAACGGGUUGUCAUCCAGUACACCAAGGUGCUAGAGCUUGAUGGACUUGAGCAUCACCCUAUUGAGCUCUUCCUUCGCUACUACUGCAGCCAGCCAGUCGGGAAGACCGCCAAUAAGCAGAAAGAUUUAUCGUCAAGAUAGGGCUGGAACAUUGGUCCCACUGAGGUCCCACAAUCCAAGAGAAAGAGCAUCACGCACAAGUGAGAUCUAGGCUCUAGAUUGCGAGCCGUCUUUGCAUUAACACUAUCGCGGUUUCGCCCCCGCCAAACUUGGCAUUGCACCUGCGAUAACGCUAUCGGUCUUGUUUCCCAAUCGGAAUGAUGCACGCCUUAUCAAAACGCUUGACUCUCAAUUUACUCGGAAUGUGGCAAAGGAAAAACAAUUCCCAAGAGGAAUCAACUGACUGAUGUGACAAAAACUCAUCGUAUCCGACGAUUCUCAAAUUCUGAAGAUG